AUGCUCAUUGGCAUAGUUUCGCACGCUUUGGCAUGUUUCCAGUGUUGUUCUGACUCUUGUUGUUUUGUGUUGGUCGUGCGAAAGCCGAUCAGACUCGACGGCCCAGUGAAAACAGGCCAGGGUUGUGCGAAAGCCGACCGACUGACUGACAGGCCCAGUGAAAACAGGCCCUUGGUCGUGCGAAAGCCGAUCAGACUUGACGGCCCAGUGAAAACAGGCCAGGGUUGUGCGAAAGCCGACCGACUGACAGACAGGCCCAGUGAAAACAGGCUCUUGGUCGUGCGAAAGCCGAUCAGACUCGACGGCCCAGUGAAAACAGGCCUUGGGUUCUGUGAAAACGAAUCCGCCUCCUUCUUUUGUUUCUUGUGCUAUUUGUGGACCUAG